GCGAAAUCGGCCGCAGAGCUCACAGUGUCCUUACACACUUUGACGCCCGGCUACUGCCCUACCACGACGGAAAAUGAGGGCGGCUUUGUCCCUGACUCGCCGAGUCUCAGCCCGCGGCGCAAGCGCUACCGCGCUGUCACCGCGUAGCUCUGCGGAGUCUUCAGAGCUAUCGGAGGCAUGCAACGCUGCCCUGCAAGCGCAGGAGCGCGCGUUCAGCUCAGGCGGCAUGCUCCGCAUGCGCGCGAGCUCAAGUCCCUGGACGCUGCAGCAUGAGCGCCAGUCGACCGCAGCCCUGGCCUCAUCGUCAAGCUCGCUUGCGGCAGCUGCUGCAUGGCAGGCCAGCGUCCUGCAGUCCGAGUCGACGCUGGUCGAAGACUGGCUGGCAGCUAUGCACCAGGUGGAUGCGGAGGCUCGCAACAUGUGCUCUGGCCUUCUGUCCAGGAAUCCGACACUGCUCUACCGCGACGCUGUUCGCACGACCGGUGUGGUGCAGGCCCUCGUGGAGGCGACGCGCCAGCGCCACCUGCUGCGCCCCUACCACAUGCAGGACGCGCACGUCCUUGCGCUAGUGGACAGGUACACGCCCGAGAGCCUGCGCGCGCGGCUGGCCGAGCUGCACCGGCUGGUGUGGCAGAAGCUGGACGACAGCAACACGCCGGCGCUGUUCGCGGCGCGCACCUCGCUGGACAUGCUGGACCUGGACGCCAAGGCGCUCGCGCUCAAGGCACAGGCGCUGCGCGCGCUGAUCCCCGAGUUCCUGCCCUCCACCGUGCUGCGCGCCUGCCCGGAGCUGCUGGACGUGCAGGUGGACGACCUGCCACACCAUGUGCGCCGCGCCGGCGACGUGGUGGUGGUGGGCGCCCACACCCAGGCCGAGCUGGUGGCGCCCAACAACGUCGUCAUCGUGCGCAGCAAGGUGCUGGAGCAGCAGCAGCCGUCCGCGACUGGCGCCUCCGGCGCCGGCACGCUGGCUUCGCCCGGCAGCAGCCCACCGGUGCCGGUGUCGCCGUUUGCGGCGGCUGCGGCCGCCGCCGGGGCCUCCAGCGGCAUGGCUGCCGGCCGGCUGCUGCGCACCGCCCGCUGCGGCGCGCAGGCGCUGCUGCGCGACUCGGCGCCGGCCUCCGGCGCGGGCGCCAUGAUGUCGCGCGAGGUGACCAAGGUGUUUUGCAACACGCGACAGCUGGUGUACGCGGCGGGCGACCAGGUGGAGGUGCGGGUGGAGGACCCGCACAAGGCGCAGGAGGACCUGAGCGCCGCCUGCCGCAUGGCGGUGCUGCAGCGCCUGUCGCUCGCCGGCCAGGCCUCCACCGGCCACGUCCGCGUCGCGUAAAAGGAGGCGAGAGCCCUGCUCAACGGCUACUCCUACAUGGGCCAAGUGUGCAGUGUUCGGCCUGUACCAGGCGGCAUCAUUCGCGGCGUGCCAAGAGCUUGCAGUUCCCAGGCGCACGAGGGCCCUGGUUGUACUUCGCUGCACAUACGGUAACAUCGGUGUGUGUACGCUGCGCCCGCGACUGUACCGCGGUCGGACUCCGGUACGCGGCGGUUCGUGGUGCGCUUGUAGUCUAAGUUCCAGCAACACCAUCGCUGGAGGUGACAGACGGUAAACCGUUCUUGACCCAAAGCGGCGGACGAUCUCGGGCGCCGCGUGUAUUUUGAGCGUGCCCCUUUCCCGAGAACAUAGGGGUUUCGUGGCCAUGUUCAUGGCUUUUUUGCACACAAACGCCUAAAAAACAUAGCGGUUGAGCCUUUUUAGGGUUGCGCGGUGCACGGCAUUCUACAAUCCCAGAAUGCAUGGUUGUUCGUUGGUUGAUAGCAGGUGACGCGGCUAUACUGUUAUGCGCGUCUGACCCAGAUCCCGGCAAGCCCACGCGCUCCGCUUUGGUGAUGUCGCUGUCAGUUUGACAGAGGAGACGCAGUUGCGCAAGGAUCAUGGGUGAAAACCCAGUUGUGGUACUUUUGAAUAGGUAUCGUUGCUAUGAAUUUUGAAGAUGUUCGUGCGCGUUGCAAUGGCGAGGCACGCAUGCAGAGCUAGCUCGGAAUUGAGACUGAGAAGAUCUAGAGAUGAAGCAGCAGCAGAGCAUUAAAACCCUCGUCAAGCCUCGGCGGCGGUUUCGUUCUUUCCCAGGGCUCUCGCACAGCCCGGCAUGCAGACUCGCCCCCUUGGCCGAGAUGAGGGCGAAGAGGAUGGAGAGGGACUGAGGUUGCAGUGCGAAAAGGGUAGCGCGGUUUGCGGUUUUCUGGGUUGACAGGAAUUCACACAUGAUGUGUGCAUAUGCCGCUGCUACCGGCCUGCGGCGCUGCCCGGCGAUUCAGUGUGUGGCAAGGGAUGCGAUCCGGGCCGUGAGGCAAGCGGAGUCCUGGGGCCAGCAGUACAUACCGAAUGGUGUGGGUGUUGUGUCCAAAAGUGUUGCUGGCACGUGGCACGAACGGUUGCCAUCGCCGCUUAGUGUUGAAUUCAAAGUGCGUGUGUGCUUGUGUGGACGACCCCAAAGAAGAGUGCCGAGAGGGACCGCGCAAGCGCGGAGCCCCGGCUGCUAGCCGCUGCUGACUGAAAGGUCACUGACGGGGUGCAAGUUGGAGCAUGGCAUGGCACUGAGCACGUCUGACUGCUGAUGCGCAUGCCGUGUGAGGUGGGCUGGGACUGAGGAGGUGCCCGGCCAAUGUUCCGGCGGUAAGGAGUUGCAGUUGAGGCCCCCGGUUGCUUUGUGCUGGCUGCUAAUUUCCAAGGCUAUGCAGGCCGGUGAAAGCCAAUAAUGAAACAAAGGUGCCUCAGGGCAUACGCAGUACGCCCAGUCGGUUUGCGUUGUGCUGUGUGUUGUUGACGUACAUACGAAGUAUGGAGUGUGGCCCGUUGCCCUGCACGGACACCUUUUUGCUGACAAAUACAUGAUAGUUACUGAGGUUGGGUUGGUUAUGGAUGCGUGUGUGCAGUGCCCGUUGCAACGGCACACACCCGCAAAGGGCACGACAAAGGGUGGCGGCCGCGAACCAGGCUUAGCCAGGGGUUCCGGGAUUUCCGAUACUUUCAUUUGGGUGCACGGCCCCCGCGCUUUCUGCCGCGGCCAGCGGCGGGGCGAUGCGGAGUCACGGCGCAUGGCAGCAGGCCUGCACUUGCACAACAGCCUAUAAGUCUGUGCAAUCUGUGCAUGUGUUCGUAAGUUGCUUUAUGCGAGUGCACGGCACGGGCGCGACAAGCGCAGUGGGCUAGAACAAAAGGUGGCCAGCCCCCCCACGCGUACAGUGGGGAGGCAAAUGCGUGAUGGCUGAUUUAGGGUACUGCAGAGCCCUUUUUGUUGUUUGUAGGAAAAGGAGACGGGGAAUUGCCAGCGAUUCUGAAAGACAGGUGGUGGCGCUGCGGAGAGGUGUACAACAUGUUACAAGGUGGGGACGCAGCACCAAAAAAAUGUCGUUACGCGUGCAGUUCGUGGAGGCACACCUGUGUGGUUUUGUACAACAAUACAUCCUUGGUGCUUGGUGAGGGUGGCAUCGGUCUCCACAAAGCCGCAUGUCAAGCCAAAACGGUUUGGGUUUGUCGAUGAUCAUGUUGGUCAAGAGUUACGGUAGUACUCUAGUAGAAAGGCUCGGUGGUAGCCUAGGAGCGGUGCUGGCUGAUUCCCGCGGCGCCUCGCGCGUUGGGACGGCACACCGGCUCCAAUUACGUGUUACAUGUGUUUGUUGGCUGCAUUUGGGUGUGUCUGGAGGCCUGUGCCUCGCUGGCAGGCGACGCAUGGCAGACGGCAAUUUUUCCUUUUGGAAACGGCGCACGGCGUGUGAAAUGAGGAGGCAGUCAACUGGUCACCUCCCCCACGCGGCCAACAAUAAAUCAGGUUUUGCUGGCGUGCACGCACAACACUAAUAAAGGACCCUGAAUGUGCAUGCCUUUGAAGGCGGUGACCCCCACCCGGUGCAUCGGAGGGCAGCACGCGCAAACCUAAAAAAAUCAUUCAUAAUGGUUGGGCCACGCUGCACGACGCACACGCUGUAACCCCAUAUCUUC